AUGCGAUGGGGAGAGGCUGACCGUUUCAACCUCAUCGCCAGGCUCGUCCUCUUCUUCUCGUGUCGCCGAUUUGUGUUGGGAAAUGUAUACCUCGAUGGACACUCCCCGCGGGCUCCCAACACUGCCGACUAUGUAGAGCUCGACACGCUUCCACCACCAUCGACAGUCGCGCCAGAACGGCCAACAAUGUCGAAACGCGCUCUCCAUUCCAGUCUCUGGAGGAGCCUUUUCUCGCUCUGCUUCUCCGAAUGUUGUCUGCUCUUCUUGAUGUUGAUGUGUCAAGGUCUGGAUGUGCUCCAUACGGGGACGCGUCUGAUGAAUUGGCGGAUAUCGCUCUUCAUUAUACUGGCGGUCGUGCUCAUUGCGAUCCCGCUAUCGCUGAGCGUCGUUUUUGCUUCAGCGCUGAGCAUCUCUUCGACAAGAAGCUUCAUCCCUUCCCUUCAUCGCUUAUUCUGGACUCUCAUUCCUCUAUUUGGCUACUUCCUUCUCCUAUCAUACGUUCCGCUACCCCUUGCGCUGUCCUCGUCCCAUGGAUCUGCCUCCCUUCUUGUAGCUGCGCUCUCGCGUCUUGCCGUACUCGGCACCGUCAUGCUUGGUCUUCUUUCUGGAUUUGGUGCUGUGUCGACCGCAUGGGGAUACUUCCCGUUCGUUUGUGGUCAUGGAGGGCUAGUACCAUGCUUGCUUUCUUCCUCAAGACAUACAUCCUAA